AUGGAUACCAACGCACCCGUGGCCCAGGCCGUUACUGUGAGCCUGCAGGAGCUAGUAGAUGGAACCGUAUCGUUCGAGACUCUGACCGAAGCCUUUGGACCAUCCUCCCUGGGAAUUAUCGUGGUCAAAGACCUGCCCUCGACCUUUACUGAACUGCGUGCACAAGUUUUAUCCAAUGCAUCGUAUCUAGCAGCCCUCCCAGACCCCGAACUGGAGUCCCUUACCAGUCCGGAAUCCAAGUAUCUGGUCGGCUGGUCCUGUGGCAAGGAAACACUGAAAACAGGCCGCUUCGAUACCCUAAAGGGCUCGUACUAUGUGAAUUGCGCGUUCUAUCAGGAUGCCUCUCUGGAGAGCGCCCCGGCGGACGAUUUCCCAGAUCUGCCCCAGUAUACAGCGCCAAAUAUCUGGCCCUCGUCCGCAAAGCUACCUGAAUUCAGGGGCAGUGUGGAGUCGCUUUGUACGUUGAUCAUUGAGACCGCGGCACUCGUUGCCAAGGCAUGUGACCGGUACGCAGAAGCCAAUAUCGAGGGAUACAAGCCGGGCUAUUUGCAUCAUGUGGUUACGACUAGCUUAACAACUAAAGCACGAUUGCUGCAUUAUUUCCCCAAUGAGGAGGAGGAGGAAAAGCCCGACGCCAGCGACGAUGACUGGUGCGCCACGCAUCUCGACCAUGGCUGCCUGACGGGCUUGACAUCGGCCAUGUUCCUGGAUGAGGCUGUAACCCCUCCUACGCUCGAUGCUUCGGGAUCUGCUUCUGCCCCUCUCCCUGAACUUCCCCGUUCCCCCGACCCUUCGGCGGGUCUGUACAUCCGCUCGCGCACCGAUGAAAUCGUCAAAGUCAAUAUCCCCAGGGAUUGUCUGGCGUUCCAGACCGGUGAGGCCCUGCAGCUUAUUACGCGUGGUAAGUUCAUGGCGGUGCCCCAUUUCGUGAAGGGUGCCAAGGCUAGUCCUGGGCAAAGGAUUGCGAGAAACACUCUUGCUGUCUUUACGCAGCCGAACUUGGCAGAGGAGGUUCGGCCGGGAUUGAGCUUCGCGGAAUUCGCAAGGGGGGUUGUGCAGAAGAAUUAUUGA